AUGACCAUUCCUCAAGUGAAGAAAGAGCAGGAGAAGAAUGGUAGGCCAGGGAAGGUAAAGGUUUCUUCCUCUAACAAACAGGAAAGAGGGAUUGUUCCAACCAAGUCUGGCUUCAAGAGGGCGACCAGCGAAACUGUGUAUGUUAAUAGCGAAGUUAAGGAUGCUGUAAUGAAGAGAGCACAGGAGUUAGAAGCCAGUCUACCAAGAAACUUCCCUACCAUGAUAAAGCUUAUGCUCCCUUCUCAUAUCUCGGGUGGGUUUUGGCUGGGUCUUUGCAAAAAGUUUUGCGUCAAGCAUUUGGGUGAAAAGGACAUGAUGAUGGACUUGGAAGAUGAGGAUGGCAAAGUCUUUCCCGUGAAUUGUCUAGUCGGAAAGACAGGACUUAGCGGGGGGUGGAGAAAGUUCUCAACCGAUCACAAAUUGGUCAAAGGAGAUGUCGUAGUUUUCCAGCUAGUUAAGGCAAACAAGUUCAUGGUCUACAUUGUUAGGGCACGUGAUUUCGAGCAAAAUGAUGUUGCUCUUGGCCUUCUGAAACUGGAGAAGACUAGUUUGGAAGAGAAAUCUAGCUUAGAGGAAGUGGAGGGUGCUCUUGACCUUAUGGAGCUGGAUUGUGUUUUGGAAAAGAAAUCUGCUCAUGCGAAGGAUCUGAGCAGAAGUGGCAAAGCAACUGUCGCAAAGACUGUUGAUGAGUCUGAUAUUUCUUCUGAUGAUAACUAUGAACCAGAGGAUUCUGAGAAUGGAAGUGAUGAAGGUUUCGGAUUCGAUGUCCUAGAUGGAAUCAGGAUGUCUUCAGCAUCAGCUGUUGAUUUCCAGCAAGUAAAAAGCUUUGAUGACUUUGACAUUAUAGUGAACGGCUUGGUGAUCAACUCUGAGCUCUCAAAGCACCUCCAGCUCAAAUACUAUGAACUAUGCAGCAGCCAGAAGUUGUUCCUCCAUGAACAAAUCCUCAAUGGUCUCAACUGUAAGCUGAUAGCGGGAGUAAUUGCCGAGACCAUUAACAUUGCUGAUGCCAUAAGAGCUUCAAAGUUCAACGGUGGGGGUAAUGAUAACGGUCAGCAGAAGGAAGACUUUGUGACUUGGGAGAGCACAUUGUUAGCUUUUCAGAAGCUGGGAAUGAAUGUGGAGUUCAUACUCACCAGGUUGAGGCAGCUCAUGCGGCUCUGUGACAAUGCCAAUAGGUGUAAGAGGUUGAAGACUGAGAGAGUCGAGGUAGGCAAGGAGGUGAAGGUUCUGGAGGCGAAACUCGAGGAAUCUGUUCGAAGAAUGAGAAGGAUUGAUGAAGAGAUCGAGAAGUUGGAAAUUGACGAUGUGGAGGAUGUUGAGGUGAAGUUCAGAGAAUUGGCUAAAGCUCCAUGGACCAUGACCAUUCUUCAAGUCAAGGAAGAGCAGGCUGAACCCAUUUUCCAAAGACCUUCUCGUUCGAAAGGAGGAUUUGUUCCAAUCAAGUCAACUGUAAGCUCUUACGAGCCUGAGAAUGAUGUAAUGAGAAAAGCACAGGAGAUUGUAUCUAAUCUAUCUGCAAACUUCCCUUCCUUGAUAAAGGUCAUGCACCCUUCACAUGUUAAUAGAGGAGCUUCUGUGCGUCUAUUGGCAGAGUUUUGCCACAAGCAUUUACCUGAGGAGGACUCAAUGAUCGAGUUGGAGGAUGAGAAUGGUGAAGUUGACACGACAAAGUAUCUAGCCUAUAAGAACACUUUCAGUGCGGGAUGGGCAGCGUUUGCCAGCAAGCAUGAUUUAGUUGAAGGAGAUGUUCUGGUUUUCGUGUUACUUAAGCCAACCAAAUUCAAGGUCUACAUUGUGAGGACAAGUAGGUCAGAGGGAGUGGAUGGUGCUCUUGAUAUGGGGAAGAAACCUGUUUACACAAACAAUCGGAGUACAAGUGGCAAGUCAGCUUUCAAAACUGUCCACGAUUCUGAUCUUUCAUCCGACGAUAACUACGUACUUGAUGAGUCGAAGAAUGAAAGUGAUGAAGAUUUUGGAUUCGAUAUCCCGGACGGUAUUCGGAUGUCAUCAGAAUCCACGGUUGAUUUCCGACAAGUGAAGAGCUUUGCUGACUUUGACAUUAUAGUGAAUGGCUUGGUGAUCAACAGUGAGCUCUCUAAGCAGCUCCAGCAUAAGUACUAUGAACUAUGCAGCAGCCAGAAGUUGUUCCUCCAUGAACGCAUUCUCGAUGGCCUCAACUGUAAGCUGAUUGCCGGUGUAAUCUCCCAGACCAUAAAUAUUGCUGAUGCCAUAAGGGCUUCAGAACUUGGUACCCAACAGAAGGAAGAGUUUGUGACUUGGGAGAGCACUUUGUCAGCAUUUGAGAAGCUGGGGAUGAAUGUGGAGUUCAUACUAAUCAGGUUGAGGCGGCUCAUGGGUCUUUGUGGCAAUGUCAAUAGGUUGAAGAGAUUGAAGACUGAGAGAGCUGAAGUGGGAGAGAAGGUGAAGGCUCUAGAGGCGCUGCUCGAGAAGUGGGCGAGAAGAACGAAAAUGAUAGAUGAAGAGAUCGAAAGGUUGGAGCUAAAUGACGUGGUUGGUGUUCAGGCGAGGUACAGAGAAUUGGCAAAAUCUCCAUGGUGA